GUACAAUCUGCAACCAUGGCUGACCUGGUCCGUGAGAACAUCAAAUUCAUGUCCCUCUUCUUCAAGAGCAAGGAUGUGAUGAUCUUCAAUGGGCUCGUUGCCCUGGGAACGGUCGGCGGACAGACGGCCUACAACACCUUUGCCUUCAGCUGCCCGUGUUCCACGGCACGGAACUACCUGUACGGCCUGACAGCCAUAGGCGUGCCCGCUCUGGCCCUCUUCCUUGUGGGGGUGAUGCUGAACCACAACACGUGGGACAUCCUGUCCGAGUGUCGCUUGAGAAGGUGCCGGAAGCUCUCGGGGGUGGCCGUGUUCGCGCUGCUGGCCUCCAUCGUGGAACGGGCGGCAGUGGCCCCCAUCACCUGGAUGGUGCUGUCGCUGCUCAGGGGCGAGGCGUACGUCUGCGCCCUGAGUGAGUUUGUGGACCCGGCGUCCAUUAAGGAUUUCCCCAGUAACUACUCGGAUGUGCACGAAAUCAUGGCUGGCUUUCCAUGCCAGCAUGUUCCUGUGGAGCUGUUACAUUUCUGGAAUGUGAUUGGAAGGAGACUACGGUACGAGUCUCAGUUGCUGGGUUGGAUACUGGUGGGCUUUGUGUCCCUCUCUGUGUUCCUGAUGCUGUGCCUCAGGCGCUGCUGCUCUCCCCUGGGCUACCAGCAGGAGGCGUACUGGUCCCACUUCCGCUCCCAAGAGAGCCAAGUCUUCCAGCGCACCAUGGAUGCCCACGCGCACAUCCAGGCCAUCCGCAACGUGCGCAGCUUCUUCGGCUUUGUGGCCCUGGACAAGGACGAGCAGGAGCUUCUGGAAAGCGUGGCCGACGUCAAGGCUGAGGUCCCCAGCCUGGAGUGGAACCGCAUCACAGGGGUGUACCUAUACCAGGAGAACCAGGGAGCGCCCCUCUACAGCCGCCUCCACAAGUGGUCCAACUACAAACUGCAGAACAACAUCGAGGCUAUGGAGAAAGACUUUUGCUAAGAGAGACCAGUUACUUAAGUUUCUCUUGAAACAUACACACAUUCUGGAAUCUACUAGUACUAGUUCUUGUUUUCUGUUCCUGUACUUGACUUCCUCUUUAAAGUCAGUCAGUAACCAUAGAGAAAGACACAUCCUUAUGGCAACUGCACCUUCGUUUGAUAUACAACUGCAGUAUGAAAGAUGUUGAAGAUGA